GCUUGACCUGCUUGGAUUACUGGUGCUUGCGUGCUUCAGCCAAACUUUGGCGCAGAGCUCUCCUCCUCCUCCCCACAACCAUACACAAACUCGUCAUACAUGUCAUCACUUCAUGGAGGUUGAGGAGAACUGGGAUUUACGUGGAAACCCAGGAAAGCCAAUUUACACAAAUUGCUCGCUCGCUCGGUCGAGUGAGGCUGCACACCUACUUAUACUGGUGAAUAAAAUACAGGGAUGCUGCCUUGCGCGUCAAGCGACGCGGAGCUCGAGUCGUUCUAUAAUGAGACGAUGGAGCUAGACCUAGCAAACUGGAGGCCUUAUGCACCACUUAACAGGACGCACAUUGAUGCCUUCUUGAGAAAAUGGAAGCACUACGGGUGGCAUCACCAGAGUAUGGUCUUAAUCUAUCAGAACAAGUGGUACUACCCUUUCCACGCGUCGUGGAACCACACUCAGCUUACAAAAGAUCAGCAUGAAGCGGGCAUCACCCUUUGGGUGGAGGCAACACAGUACUACUUCCAGAAUUUCAGCUCGCAAUUCGAGUUCCCAGACACAUUCUUCUUCCUCAGCGACCAGGACCAGGGGUGGUGUGACUUUGGAUUCGAACGCUGCCCCAUGCCCGCCAUGGCGAUAACAAAGAGAGGACCUGGAUCGAAGGAGCUGCUGUCGCCUUUCAUGGUGGCCUCAGAGCACCCCCUCUAUAACUACCCCUUCGAACUGAAGCAUGACAAGGCGUUCUUCAACGGGCGGCCAAACUGGGGCGCCAGCCCCAAAACCUUUAACGGCACGAACUACUGGAGCCGCGCCCACAUGUCCAACAUCUCCAUGCGGGAGCCGGACCGGGUGCAGGCCGCGCUGUUGGGGGAGCAGCAAUGGUUCAUUGGUGGGCGAAAGGCAGAAGGAGAGGUGUCGCUGAAAAAUCACGCCCGCUGGAAGUACGUGAUGAACCUGGACGGCGUCACGUAUGCGGGGCGCUUGUCCCGCUUGAUGCACACAGACUCCGUCCUCCUCAAAGAGGAGACCAUAUGGCACGAGUUCUUCACUCGUGCCAUGAAGGAGGGAGUGCACUACCUGCCCAUCUUUAAAACUGGUCCCGACGAUGUGCUGGACGUCAUGCGCGAAUGGGGCAAUCGCACAAUGGAGCUGAAGCGCAUCGCCUGGAACACACAACAAUUUGCGCGCCGUUACCUGUGCCCCCGCGCGCGGAUGCUGUACUUCCGGCGGCUGCUGGAGGAAUACAACAAGCUCUUCUUUUCGAACGGGGUCAAUCAUAUGAAGCAUUUCAUAGAGGAGGUGCUGGUGCCAAUCGUACACGCGCGCGCAAACGGGGAUACUACUAAGUCGUACAUGGACAUCGUGCCGUACGACCCUAAGCACCCCCACGGCCCAGCACGGUAGGCUACGGGGGUCUAUUCUUCUUGGGCCAUUCGCAAUCAACAGCAAUGUGAGAGUGGAGGGGAGUCCGUGAGGGGAGUCAGUACGGUACUGAGUACGGUAGGCGUCUUAGCAUGCUUGGACGGCAGGUGGGGUGGAGCGCAGUGAAGAAGACAAAUGGAGAGUAUGACGACCAGGCGCAUAGAGACAACACGUGCGAGCCCGCAGGGUCCUCUGUUGGCGACAUUGUAUUCUUCCGCACUGCAACGACUCCGGGCACUCCGGUAUGUGCAGGACGCAAGACUGCGGCGGUCAGGGUAAAACCCAGGCGCUCGCGGAGCCUGACUACCGUAACUCUGUACAUUGGUAGAUGCAUUGGUAGAGGCAUGGCUGUGCAAGGGUAGAUGCAAUGGGCGGGAGAUUGCUAGAUGGCGGUUACUUGGCGUUUGCCCCUUUGCGGAAGAACUCCCAAACGCGACGACUCGACGAGUUAACUCGAGACCAGGAUUUGUGUUACGUCAACAAAGUCAUGAACUCAUGAUGUAUUCUCAGUCUGGAGCUUGUGAGAGAUUGCGCAACAGGAUGCGGCUAGAAGAGGGCAUCCAUAGCGCUGAAUAUGUGGC